AUGGUAAGCUCGGCCAUCACCAAGGCGUCGGAUGCCGAGCUCAUCUCCUACAUGUCCUGGCUCUGUCACAAUGCCGCCACCGGCACCGACUCGGCCGGCCGCACGCCGCUGCACGUAGCUGCCUCCUGCGGGCGCCGAGAGCUGGCUGAAUGGCUGGUGCAGGUCCACAGCGUUCCCCUGAACACGGAGGACAAGGAGUCGGGCAUGACGGCCCUGCAGCGGGCCGUCUUCUACGGCCAACUGAGCGUCGCUCGCUCACUGCUAAUGCUGGGGGCCAGCCCGCUGACGCAGGACCACGCUGACAUGACCACCUACGACGGGGCGCACGCCGACCGGCUGCCGCUGGUGGAGCUGACGCCAGCGGCGCCUUGCGAGGCCUACGUCUGGGGCAGCAACCCCUGGUUCAGCAUCGGCGUCGACCGCAUCAAGGCGCGUCAGGUGCCGGAGCCGCUGGACCUGUUUCGGCGGGCGGGUGUCUGGAUCAAGCAGAUAAAGAUGACCAAGUUCCACACGGUGUUCCUGACCCAAGGCGGCGAGGUGUACACAUGCGGUCACGGCAUCGGCGGCCGGCUUGGUCACGGCGACGAGGAGUCCGUGCUAGUGCCCAAGAAGCUAAAGGCCGUUAAGGGCGAAAGCUGUGUGCAGGUGGCAGCGUCGGUCGACCAUACGGUGCUGCUGAUGGAAAGCGGAACAGUGUGGACGUUCGGUCUGAACCAGGCGUGCCAGCUGGGACACUCGCCGCCUCCCGCGCAGCUGACCACGCCCCGUCUCCUGGAGUGGAGCCGCGGCAGAGCGGACCGCAUCACGGGCGUCUGCGCCGCCAGGUACCACACGGUGUUCUGGAACUCGGAGGCGCUAUACUGUGUGGGGCUGAACGGUGGUCAGCUGGGACAGCACAAAGAUGAAAACAAGGACAAGCGGUUCAUCCUGCCCAGAAAGGUGCGCAAAGCGCUGUGCGUGUUCGGUCUGCGGCGCGAACUGGCCGUGGCGGACGCCGAGCUGGACAAGCACGGCCUGAUUCUCAUCUCCGAGACGGGCCAGGCCUUCACCGGCGCCAUCGUGCUGCCCGCCGGGCGGCACGCGCCCGACAAACAGGCCAAGGGUGGGUGGCGGCGACCGGGCCAUCAGUGCGCCCAGGUGCGCGUGACUCGCGUGGCGCACAUCCAUCGCGCCGUCAGCAUCACGUGCGACGGCAGCGGCGGCAACGCGGCCGCCGUCCAGUGUGACCCGCGCGCCUUCCUGCUCGAGGUGCCACAGGUCUCGCCGCCCCAGCUGCGCCACGACCUGGGCCGCCUGCUGGAGAACGCCGACGAGCACGACUCCGUACACGACAUCGUGCUGCAGGCCGGCCAGACCCGGUUCGCCUGCCACCGCUACAUCUUGGCCACCGGCUCGAGCUACCUGCGGCAGCGGCUGGCCGGCGGCAGCGACGGCGACGGCGUGGUGGACGGAACGCUGCGCUUGGAGGCCGCGCCGCCGGCCGCGCUCCGCCAGCUGCUGCUGUUCCUGUACACGGGCACGUGCGACCUGCUGCGGCCCGGCCCCACCGAGUUCAGACUGGACCCGGUGGCGGAGCAGCCGAGGGUUCGUCUGAGCGGCGGACGAGUCGAGGUGCCGCGCGCCCAUGACGCCUCCCCCUCGCCGCUGAACUUGGACCCGUCCGGUCUGCCGGCGCUUAGUGACGUCACCAUCACCAGUUCGGAUGGCGUGGCGCUGGCCUGCCACAAGUGCGUGCUAGCUGCCCGGCUCCAGUACUUCAGCGUGAUGUUCAGCAGCUGCUGGGCCGAGAGCGUGGCCAGCGAGGCGGUGCGGCUGUCGAUGCCGGCGGCCGUGCUGACGGUGCUGGUGGCCUUCUGCUACACGGGCGAGGCGCGCCUGCAGCCAGAUGACCCGGAGCCGCUGCAGACGGACGACCUCGAGCUGCUGUGUGGCCUGCUGGCCGCCGCCGACCACAUGCUGGCCACCCGGCUCAAGGAGAUGUGCGAGGUGGCGCUCUCCAGGCAGCUGACGCUGAAGAACGCCGUCGAGCUGAUGGAGUUCAGCGCCAUGUACGGCGCUGAGCAGCUCAAGUCCACCUGCAUGCAGUUCAUCUGCCUGAACCUGGCCGCCGUCAUGGAGAACAGGAGCCUGGAGCAGGCGAGCCUGGACCAGGCGUCGGAAGCCGUCAUGGACGAACUGACGCGCUUCUACCGGUGUGUCAACCCGCUAAUGCGACACCGGCUGGUGCGGCCGUCCGGCGAGCCGCCCACGCUCGAGCACGUCCGCGCGGUGCACGAGGCGUACCCCGUCGGCAGUGACGAGCCGGCGCCGGCGCCCACCGAACGCAACGGAUUCUGA